AUGAAAGCUAAGAAUGAACCGUGCCCUCAUUCUAGACAACUUUUUUCCACUUCUCUAUUGAACUCGCAAGAAAACUCCGAAGAUAUAGAGGGUCUGGUAGAGAAUAUAAUACACAAUGCCCAAAUAGAGGUUCAGCGGCAAAAUGAGAGAUCUUCCAAACGGGGCCAUGACUCUCUUUUGGAUGAUACUGUGAGUGAACCUGAUUCAAACAAAAAACAUAGAGUGAACGGCCUGAUUGAUGCUAUAAACCAGUUUCAGAGAUCUUUAGUCGAAACCACUGAGGAAGAAAUUGUGCAUAGUCAUGAGACUGAAAGAAAUGAGAACACUGCAGGUUCAGUUGAUUCUGACAACCAUAAAAAUGAAAUCAGCAUUCAAGACGAUUAUAGAGUUACUUUCCAAGAUAUUGACCGUCUUCCUAAGUUAAAGAAUGAGACCUUUGAAAACAAAGCUCUUCUUCAUAAAAAACUCGUAUCGAAUGAUUCCAGUGUUCAAACGAAUGACUCUCUGGUUUAUUUGGGUUCAAAGUUUUGUCAUUGCUUAGUCAGUUUCAAAUUGAAUGAACUACAUCCUUCGCUAGAUGCUGAGCUGUUAGAUUGUGCCGUGCAAGAAGUUUUACACUUUAACAAUGUCCAUAUUUGGGCGCUUCGUUUAAAUUUCAGAGAGCUACUGGAAAGCAAGUUCCCAGCAAAGCAGUUCCGACCCAAAGUAAUGGCAGAGUGUUUCAUGGCGUACGUUGCGGCUCUCAAAAUCGAGACGGGGUCCGACUAUAACCUACUUACUUUACUUACUCAGUGGAUCUUGAAACUUGCUUCAGAGAAAAUUUACAAGUUGCGGGUUGAAAACCUCGUUGACAGAUCCGCUAAGGAUUCUCUUCAUAAGUUAAUGGGUCCCAUGAGAUACGCUACUGCCUUCAAUGGUUCAAAAUUUAUCUCUAAAUGUCUAAAUAACAAAGGGGAAGUUCUUGGACAUGGCAGCGGAUACAACAAGACGGAUUCUGAACUUAGAUCGGCGAUGCAUGCACUCUCUUCUACUGCUUGCCAAAAGAAAUAG